AUCCUGCUGUAGCACAGUUGUGUCCAGGAGUGAGGGAAAGCUGCCCACUCGGAGUAGAUAAUAUCUGGAAAGAAUGACUGUUUGGGAAAAGUCCCAGUGCUAGUUCAGUGCCAACCCUUCCCCACCUUCUCCGGACCCCUCCCACUGGUUCCUCCCCUCUCAGCUGCUUUGGUUCUUAUAAAAACCUCACAGUCGUCCACUAACAGCCAGUAGGAGACUCUCUCCCUCCUGCGGCUGCACAGCACCCUGAGAUUGACCCGCAGACGACGCGAGACCAUGAAGACUCUGCUCCUUCUCUCCAUCCUGGCUGCCUUAGCAGUCGCAAUUUUGUGUUAUGAAUCUCAUGAAAGUAUGGAAUCCUACGAAAUUAGUCCCUUCAUUAACAGGAGAAAUGCUAAUACCUUUAUGUCCCCACAGCAGAGAUGGAGAGCUAAAGCCCAAGAGAGGAUCCGAGAACGCACCAAGCCUGCCUAUGAGAUCAAUCGGGAAGCCUGUGAUGACUUCAAACUUUGUGAACGUUACGCCAUGGUUUAUGGAUACAAUGCUGCCUACAAUCGCUAUUUCAGGCAGCGCAGAGGGGCCAAAUGAGAUGGGGGGAAAUCUCUUUUUUUCUGGAGGCUGGUGCCUGGUUUUAUAUCCCCUUGCAGUAGCAUUACUGAAAUGUAUAGUCUCAUAUAUAAUGCUUGUUUCCUGUAUAUUCUCUUGUCAGGCUGCACCCCUCUUUCCUGCACCCAGAUUAAUAAGUAAAGAAAGUGCAGUGUAAUGAAAGUCAAAAGGGAGUGAAGAUGUGUGAUUAUUAUGUAAUAAACUUCUGGUUUGAUACUUUC